AUGUGCAUUUCUUUGCUGCCAAAGAGCGUAAUUGAGAGUAUUUCCGCAGGGGAAGUCAUCACGUCUCCCACUGCCUUGGUUAAGGAGUUGUUGGAGAACAGCCUGGACAGUGGCUCUACAUUUAUACGGGUAUCUUUAACGGACAAAUUACUUGAUAAAAUCCAGAUAGAAGAUAAUGGCUCCGGAAUAGAAGAGCACGAUCUGCCUCUUCUGUGCACGAGGCAUGCAACGAGCAAGCUCUCCACGCACGAGGACCUAUCGAGCAUAUCUACGCUUGGGUUUCGGGGUGAAGCCCUUGCUUCUAUUUCCGUGCUCUCUAGGCUGUCCGUCAAAACAGCAACCUCCGAGGGCGUGGGCUGCGAGUGCACGUACAACAACGAGCUCCUGUCCAGCAAAGUCCACAAAUCCGCCAGAAAAGGCACGACCAUCCUUAUAUCCGACCUAUUCUACAACGACAAGAACAAGUACUACACGUACUUAAGCAGCAAGGCCGAGCACAAGAAAAUAGUCGCUCUCAUAACGAGGUAUUCGCUCUGCUACACGCACGUGUCGUUUGAGGUCGUCUCUGGAGCAGGCACGAAAGCGUACAAUCGAGUCCCCAGCAGCAAAAUAGCAGCAAUUGGAAGCGUAUUCACGCAGGAGCUUGCAAAUGAAAUAUCGGUUCUCCACGUGCAAGUUAUGGAUACGACAUGCACAUGCUACAUUACGCACACGAACAUCUCCCUGAGCACGGGCGUCUUUAUUAUGUUCAUUAACAAAAGACUCGUCGAAAUACAAAGGGUGAAAAGAAGGCUUGUUUCCGUGUACAAGGAGAUUCUUGUCAAGGGAAAUCCGUUCAUAUACCUGGACGUAGAGACCCCUUCGAACACGGUCGAUGUGAACGUGCACCCGUCAAAGGUCGAAGUCUACAUGCAGAACGAGGAGGCCCUUCUUGCAGCAGUCGAGCAGAAAGUGCGGGAGCUCCUGCAGACGCACAAGAGACUCGGAGGAUCCGUCCGGGAGUGGAAAUCCUCAGCAAAGGGCAGGCCCACUCCAAGUGCCACAGACGCGGAUAUCCAGAGAAGCGACAGAAGCAGCCCCGAAAUGCCUGCAGAGGGGAGAAAAUCAGAACAGCAUAUAAAUAGCAGCUUUAUAGUGACGGGUGCGGAGAAAAGCAGGCCCGAAAUGCCUGCGGAUGGGAGUGCGUCUGCAAAUUACGCAGGCAAUGCACAGAACGUCUUGCAAGACCUGUAUACGCAGGAAAGUACCUCGCAGGACCCCGCUCAGAGAGAGUCUUUCCGCAACUCUCCUGCGAAGAGGGUCCGUGCUGACGGGAAAGCCAAUCCGCUGAGCAUCUUCAUGAGCCAGCCCCGCGACGAAAGCAGCUACAGCCAGGCAAGCGAGAGCAUUUUCAUGUCGCAGCCCCCUGAAGCCUCGAGUGAUGCCUCUCCGGCGCAGGAAACAGGCUCGUGCUUCCUCGCAGACGGGAUCUUCGUGGGAAUGCUCUCCAAAAAGUGGGGGCUCGUUCAGAGCGGGCCUGAUCUGUACGCAGUGGACCUCCUGGAGUCGGUUGCCCACUUUUUGGAGCAAACUCCCCCGGCAGGACAGAUUCUUUCCGUCUCCUUCGAUCCUCUGGGGGAAAGGCAGAAAAGCGGAGAAGUAAAAGUCCGGGCUGUGGAAUUUUCAUCAGACGCAUCGUGCCCUGAUAAAAUGCACUUUUAUCUUCCAUACGCCCUCCCGGAGACUCUGGGCCCUGCAAUUGCGCGCGCCCUUUCUCUCGCCCUGGCCCUUCCCCAGAAGGAGACACUCCGGGCGUGCACCUGCCGAGUGCUUUCUGCUUUUUUCCUCGAGGACUCUCCGCUGCGCCUUUUUAAGGCCCUGAAAGGAGAUCUGAGCAGCCACCAGUCGAGAAAGCUCUCGUCCUCGCAGACGCUCUACCAAUUAUUCAGCAGAUAG